CAUCAAAGCCCUCUUAACAGAGGACCAUCCAGCCUCUGCUUAAAAACUUGAAGAGAAUGAGACUGCAUCGGACUCUAUAUUACACUAAAGUUGGAAGGGACCCCCAAGGGCCAUCCAGUCCAACCCCUGACACCAUCAAAGCCUUCCCGACAGAUGGCCAUAUAGCCUCUGCUUAAAAUCCUACAGAGAAGGACACUCUAUCAGACUCCAAGGCGGGCUAUGUUACACUAAAGUUGGAAGGGAUCCCCAAGGGCCAUCCAGUCCAACCCCUGGCACCAUUAAACCCCUCUCAGCAGAGGACCAUCCAGCCUUUGCUUAAAAACUUGAAGAGAAUGAGACUGCAUUGGACUCUAUAUUAGACUAGAGUUGGAAGGGACCCCCAAGGGUCAUCCAGUCCAACCCUUGAUACCAUCAAAGCCCUCCCAACAGAGGGCCAUAUAGCCUCUGCUUAAAAACCUACAGAGAAGGACACUCUAUCAGACUCCAAGGCAGGCUAUGUUACACUAAAGUUGGAAGGGAUCCCCAAGGGCCAUCCAGUCCAACCCUUGACAUCAUCAAAGGCCUCCCGACAGAUGGCCAUAUAGCCUCUGUUUAAAAUCCUCCAAAGAAGGACAGUCUAUCAGACUCCAAGGCAGGCUAUAUUAUUCUAGAGUUGGAAGGGACCCCCAAGGGUCAUCCAGUCCAACCCCUGGCACCAUUAAACCCCUCUCAACAGAGGACCAUCCAGCCUCUGCUUAAAAACUUCAAGAGAAUGCAUCAGACUCUAAGGCAGUGUAUAUUACACUAGAGUUGGAAGGGACCCCCAAGGGCCACCCAGUCCAACCCUUGACACCAUCAAAGGCCUCCCAACAGAUGGCCAUAUAGCCUCUGCUUAAAAACCUUCAGAGAAGGACUGUUAUCAGACUCCAAGGCAGGCUAUAUUACACUAAAGUUGGAAUGGAUCCCCAAGGGUCAUCCAGUCAAAUCCUUGACACCAUCAAAGCCCUCCCAACAGAGGGCCAUCCAGCCUCUGCUUAAAAACCUUAAGAGAAUGAGACUCUAUUGGACUCCAAGGCAGUGUAUAUUACACUAGAGUUGGAAGGGACCCCCAAGGGCCAUUCAGUCCAACCCUUGACACCAUCAAAGGCCUCCUGACAGAUGGCCAUGCAGCCUCUGCUUAAAAACACCCACAAGUCCCCUUUCCGUCUUAAUUUCCCACUUCCCCAUUGUUCGAAGGAGUGGAUAGCAGAGAUUCAUGAUGCUUUGAUGUGGAAAGACAGUGCUCUUGAACCAUCUGCACUUUGCUUUUAAUCCAUGCUUCAUUUCCUGAGACCACCAACUAUAUUUUACCUACCUUGUCAAUGAACCCCAAUUUGAGUCAAAAAUUAAGGAAGCAAGACACAUCCGGGACAUAUAUAUAUCUUUGGAGAUGGGCAGGCUCACUAAAGCUGUCCUCUGGUGAAAAAUGAGGCCAUAGAGCAGAGGAAGGUGGCGCCUCGUGGACUUCGGUGGGUCCGCUCCGUGGCUGUUUCUGGGGUCCCUCCAUCCGCCUCUUCUGGGGCAGCGUCAUGCCCUCUCGCAGUGACUCCAGCUACUCACUGACCGCGCGCACGUCCCGCAGCUUCACUCACCUGCGUGUCCGCCGUGCUUGGCUUCAGAUCAUCCUGCUCUUGGGCUUCAUCCAGAUGGUCCUGGGGGUCCUGAUCGUGACCCUCAGUCUCCUGGUGACCACCACCGUCGCUCCACAGAACAGUCUCCGAGGCUCAUGCCCCAUCUGGGCUGGCUUUCCACUGGCAUUCUCUGGAGUAGUUGGCAUCAUUUCCUGGAGACGGCCUUUCUCCUCUGUUAUCACCUUCUUCACCCUCCUCUCGGUCCUGGGCAUCAUGCUGAGCCUGGCGGGCUCCAUCCUUUCCUGCCGACAUGCCCAGCAGGUCAAGGCCCAGGAGGUCUGCGAGCGGCUAAAGCACCAAGAAAACCUUGGGCUCAGGGACAAUUAUCGCCUGGACCCUCUGGGGAGACACACCGGUGACACUGUCCCCCAGCUGAACGUUGGCACAAACAGGAAUCGUUUCCCACAGAUGAUCUCCCCCACCGAGCAAAACAAACAGUGCAAUUCCGAAGCUUUCUGCAGAAAUAGUCCAGACCGAGUUCCCGAUUGUUCCAGACUUCUCUUGGUCAUCAAGGAUCUCCUCUUCAGUGUUUGCGGCCUGACUAUUUUUGCCAUCGUGGUGUGCACCCUCUCGGCCAUCAUGUGUUGCAUCCAGAUCUUUUCUGUGGACAUCCUCCAUGUGCUCUCUCCUCCGCGUUCCAGCUCCGUGACGUUGGACUGCACCUCUCCUCCAGACACUUUCUUGCCGCACAUGUUAGACCUGGAUGAAUUUGUGCCCCCGGUGCCCCCACCUCCAUAUUAUCCGCCAGAAUAUACCUGCAGUUCCGAGACAGAUGCCCAAAGUAUUACCUACAAUGGCUCCAUGGACAGCCCAGUGCCACUCUAUCCGACCGACUUCCCUCCCAGUUACGAAGCAGUCAUGGGACUUCACGGGGACAGCCAGGUGACGCUCUUUGACUCGCAGUUCACAGAUACCUCACAUGGCCCUUGCUCCUGCAACCGGAUCCCUUCUGUUGUGCUCAGCGGUGAAGCGGUUUCCGUGGGCAGCGGCUCCCUCAUUAUGUCCGAGAUCGUGGACAUCCCAGGGGAAAGCAGCCCCUCGGAGGACUCCUGCUUGUUGGAAGGCAGUGGCUCCGUCUGCUCCGUGGACUACGUCUUGUUUCGCUCCAUCCAGCGAAGCCGGGCUGACUACUGCCUGAGCGUGGACUGUGGCCAGUGUGGCCUGCACCCUCAGGGCCCCUUUGAGGAGAGCCCCCAGGCACGCCUGCGCGGGGAACGCUCCUACUCUUGCUCCACGCCUGGCACGGGCUACGAGGGCUUGCUGGACGUCAGCAGCACCUUGACGCACAGUUGCCACCGCCUGGAAGGGCUGGGCCACAGCGUAGGGCCCUGCUUCCCCGAAGUGCGGGUCAAAGCCAAGACCUCCUUGGCCGGGCGCAAAGGCACCGGGAGGCAGCGCCGGAGUAGCGAGACUUCUUCGUACCGGCUGCCUUCGGUCCAGUGUCCCUUGGUGCGGUCCCACAGUGACCCUGGGAUUACCAUGAACAGCGAUGCAGAAGGUGAUUUCCAGGAGGUAUUCUGCACCAAAGUGUCUGAGGACAACAGGUCCAACUCUUCAGCGGAUACAGGACCUUCUCUGGAGUCUUGCCAUUUGUACCUGUCCCUCCAUGGACCAGCCUCUCAAGCUCACCUGGCAGGGAAGGCCAAGCUGGAAGUACCACGGAAAGGGCCACUUCACCUUCCCAAGGCGACCACACGCUCCCUAGGAGACCUGAAGGCAUGCCGUGGGACCCGGGGUCUCAUGGCCCGUUUCCUGCACAGAUCCAAGCGCAACUUGGCCCACGCAGGGCUGGACACGGCUCCUCGCAGUGGCACACAGAGCCGCAAGCAGGUUUCCCGGCUGCGGAUCGAACACUCCUCUCCGGAGGGGAUCCACCUGCAGAGCUGUGGGGAUCUAAGCUCUACCUCAUCCUUGCGCCGCUUGUUAUCGGGCCGACGGCUAGAGCGGAGACGGCCCCGCAGCCUGAGCGGACUGGCCAGAGAGAGCAACCUGUGAAGUCCGAUGUGGUUGGCGCAUCCACCCCGCUCUCAGCCCUUCGUGGCCUUUGCCCAUGGACCGGAUACUGGGAAUAAGCAGAUCGGGAAGAAGCUUGUUUGAGACCUGGGCAGAGUGGAAAUAUGUGCAGUGCGUGUGUGUAUAUGUGUAUGCAUGCAGGAUCCGCUCUUCUGAAUUAUGCAAUGGCGACGCUGGCAAACCGUGGAGUCUUCUUAUGGAAACAACCACCCGAAACCAAAGAAUAGUUUUUCACUCCUCAGACCCUGGAGACUAGUGGUUGGUGUGCACUAGUGACUCCGACGCACGACUGAGAUGGCUUCUCUCGCACUCACAAUAUGCACGCUAAGAAGGGGCUCGCUCUUUCCACCCCAAUAUUCCCCACUCAUCGAUCCUGGCUCAUGCAAAGCACUGGCUCAUCCCACUUGUGGGUCUCUUCCACAUUACAUACUAAUCGCACUCAGAGCUCCCAGGCUCUGUCACAUAGGACUUUGGGAUUUGCAGUUUGUUGGGGAUCCAAAAGAACCAAAAAUCCCAGGAUUUCACAAAAGUCUACUUGUGUGUUAUAGUUGUGUCAUUGGAACACUGCCACGCUUACCUGGACAAAGGUGAUAGGAACAAACUCUUGUAUGCAGUGCUUGAUGGACAUCAUGUCAUCAACAGUCAACCCGAUAUUCCCAACCAAGAGAUGGACCGUCCCUACUCCUUGCCUCCAUCUGCUGCUCCAUCACCUUGUCCCUCGUUUCCUUCACCUAAUAUGCAACUUGCAACCUUCUGCACUUGUUUUUGAUACCUCACUUUAGCUGUGCCUUUGGUUGGCUGCUUCUUCUGACAAGGAAGGGAUAGGGCUUGGACUCGUUGGAUGUUUUGGGGUUCCUUUAUAAUAAAUUAGGACUUUCGGAAAGGUUGCUCAGAUCUGGAGAGUGUCAGUCAAUGUGAAGAACCCACGAAGCAUCGGAUCCAACUCCGUCUCGCAAUGGGACCGGUUCCUCAGGACCCGACUUCACUUCCUUCUCCUUCCUGAAUGGGUCCAAAGCUCUUUAGUACCGAAUGAAGCGUAUUCUCCUCUUCCUUGGAGGGAUGUAUAGAGGGUCCUAUGACUGUUAACCUCUGUAUUUCAACUCAAAAAUAAUUUAGAUUUCUACUUGGCAAGACACUGAAGCAAAUGGCCUUCUCUGGCACGCUGGGAGAAAGCUGACCACUGGUUGCCUGAGAUGCACAAAUACUUAUCUGAGAAAAACCAAAUAAAGCCAUAUCUAUACACUCGA